AUGGAGAUUGCCCGCCGGGAGCCCUUCAGCAUCAUGUCCGGCUCCGGCCGGAAGCGCCCGCGCCCGCUGGAGAUCCUUCGCAAGCGGUUCCAGUCUGAGCUCGUCGCGAAGAUGACGCCCAAGGAGCGGAACCAGCUCUACGCGGACCUCACCAAGCUAGCCAAGCUGUCUGAAUCCCAUGUACUCCCUGCUCAUAUCCUGGAGCUGCUGAAGAAGCACAGCCGCCGCGGCAUCUGCGACGAUUACGUCGAGAUCGAGAUGCACGCCGUCCAAGACGCGGCCCUUGUGGAGAUGCAGAAGCAGCUGGACAAGUUCCUUCGAGAGAGGGCCCAAGACCAAGAGGAGGACGAAGACGUCGACAUCGUCGGCGGCGUCUCCCCUUUGCCGGUCAGGCCGACACCAGUGCAGCUCGUCGUCGAAGAGGAUGAGGAGUACGUGGACAUCUGCGGCGACGCCUCACCGGUGAAGAAUCUUGGCCAAGGUGCAACCAUCAGCGGCAGCAGCGGUUUGGAUUCUGGUUCAUCUCACCAGAGUGUCGACAGUCGUCCAGCUCCGGCAGAGCGCGCCGCCAACAGUAGUACGCCUCCAACACGCGACCUCAUCGCCCGUGCCAACAAGAUUCUGGAAAGGCGGCGAAAGGAGGAGACGUCCCGUGCGAGGGAGAAGGCCCGUCAGGAGCUGCUCGAGAUGGAGAGGACGGCAAUGCCGAAGGACACCCUAGACGAGGACGUGAAGGCGCUCGGCAUUGAUCAGUACAACACGGCGAGGCCGAACAACUUGUUGCGACAGAUGGGACUCUUCCUCAAGCUUGACGACCACGACCUGAAGCAGCAGCAGCAGCAGCAUCAUAAUCAAAGCUGCCAAGAAGAUUUAGAGGAAGGGGAGAUUCGGCUGUGA